AUGAAGCGUUUUCCAUCAGUUAAAGUAACGAAAAUACGAAGAUAUCGAUCAACUAGCUAUCGUAAUGCGAAAAGUACUACUCAUAACGGGCAUAUCAGUGUGAAUCGGGUGCACUCCGUUGUUACUGAUUUCAACUCGACACAGAAAGAAAAUCAAACUUUGGUCGUAGAAAAUGUGGGUGGACUUUCAACAGCACCGAAAAAAGUUUCUUCAGUAAGAUUGAACAAAAGUAUCGAAAGAUCGCCGACAACAUCCUCGAUAACACAUAUCUCUCGUGUUCAAUCGUCAAAUGUACCGCAUGCUACCCUAUCCCUACAAGAUAACAGAAGUAACUGUUCCUCUUCGCCACACACUCAACAAUCACGCUUUAUAUCAAAUCCUUCACCAUAUUUUUCGAAAUCACCAAUUACAGGAUCGGAGUCUACUUCACCAUCAUGUCUCAUCGAUGACUAUCGAAGUAUUUAUACCAUUGGAAAGACAAAACGGCACAAAAAUGAAAGAUUAUCAUGUUUUAAGAACUAUUCAGUUCGAUAUUUUCUUGCUAUUGGCUUAGCAAUACUUUUAAUUUGUGGUGUUGCUAUUGCAGUACCACUCACAAUAGUUGCUACAAAUCGGCCAACGACUCAGACACAAAAUACAUCGUCAACAAUAACAACAACAACAACAACAACAACAACAACGGUAACAAUACUAACCACUGCGUGA